AUAGUAAGUUUUGAUGCAUACAAAGUCUAUGAACGCGAUCACUUGCAUACGUUACUUGCUUGCAGUGUAACAAAAAAACCAAUCUCCUUCCUCUUCAUUCUUCACCUUCCACUUCAAAUUAGGGUUUCCAAUUCUUCACUCCCACGGUAUGGGAAGCAAAGGCCGCAUGCCACCUCCACAGCAUUUACGCCGUCCGCAUCCACAUCAUCCACCAGGUCCCGUCAUGCUCCACCACGACCAACUAGGUCCCGCAAUGCACCACCACGCGCUUCCACCACCAGGUCCGUUUGAUCUCAUGCCGCCGCCUCAGGUGAUGGAACAGAAACUCGCGUCGCAGCACGGCGAAAUGCAGAGGUUAGCCACUGAGAAUCAGAGGCUGGCUGCUACACAUGGUGUUUUGAGACAGGAGCUUGCGGGGGCGCAGCAUGAGCUGCAGAUGUUGCACGCGCAUGUUGGAUCGCUUAAGGCGGAGAGGGAGCAGCAGAUGCGAGCUGUGGUUGAUAAGAUUGCGAAGAUGGAGAUGGAGUUGAAGGCGGUGGAGCCGGUGAAGAUGGAGUUGCAGAAGGCGCGUGGGGAGGCGCAGAGUUUGGUGGUUGUGAGGGAGGAGCUUAUGGCGAAAGCUCAGCAUUUGAAUCAGGAGAUUCAGAGGGUUCAUGUUGAUGUGCAGCAGAUUCCAGCUCUUAUAUCGGAGCUUGAGCGGCUUCGACAAGAGUAUCAGCAUUGCAGGGCCACUUAUGAUUAUGAAAAGAAAUUAUACAAUGACCACCUUGAGUCACUUCAGGUGAUGGAAAAGAACUAUGUUUCUAUGAGUAGGGAAGUGGAGAAGCUUCGAGCGGAACUUACAAACACGGCUAACUCUGAUCGAAGUAGUGGGCCAUAUGGUGGCACCUCUGGAACUAAUAAUAAAGAGGCUUCUGGUCUUCCUGUGGGACAAAAUGCAUAUGAAGAUGGUUAUGCUGUUGCACAGGGACGCGGUUCUCUCCCUACUGCCAGUAGUGGUGGUGGCAAUGCUCCUACAACUACUCCUGCUGGAGCUCAACCUGGUCCAGCUUCUGCAGGGACUGGUUACGAGGCUACCAGAGGAGGGCCUGGUUACAUUGCAUCUGCAGGGCCUACUUACGGCACACAGAGUGGUUCUACUUACGACCCACAAAGGUUGAAUGGCUACGAUGCAUUUAGAGGACCUGCUUACGAUGCAACGAGAGGACAAAUGUUUGACGCUCAGAGGACUGGUUAUGAUCCACAGAGAGGUUCGGGUUAUGAAGUACAAAGAGGACCUGCUUAUGAUCCAUCAAGAUCAGCUGGCUAUGAUGCACAAUCAAGAGGUGGUGCUGGUCCACAGGGACAAGUUCCACCUUUGAACAACAUGCCUUAUGGGUCUGCAACACCGCCCGCUCGUAACGUGGGUGGUGGUGGAUAUGAUGCCACCCGAGGUGUAAACCCUGCCAGGAGAUGAGCUUCCAUUUCAAUCAUAAAUAUAUGGCAGAUUCAAGUCAGAUAGAAUCCCAAUGCAUGGAGCUUUUGACUAAUGCCUACCUGAAAGUGAAUCUCACGAAAGUCGGGACUGUCUUUUUACCAUAUGCCACCAAGAAAAAUGUAUUAGUCAUUGAGAAAAUGCAUUCUUACAGCAUAUAUUUGCUUUAGAAUUGAUGUGUAUCAAAUUAUCAAUGAACAUCUAUCUUUUUAUUAUUGUGUGAAGCAAGCAACAUCUAUCUAUUGCUUA